GCGCUAGCUACUCUAGCUGGGUUGCGUGAUAGAGACUUCGGAGGACUGCUCUGCAUUACGGCUCCAGAGAGCCUUUACGUUAUUUUCCGUCUUUAUCUUCACUCCACCGCGAAGAUGGCGUCUGGUAGCGGGACUAAAAACCUGGACUUCCGCCGAAAGUGGGACAAAGAUGAAUAUGAGAAACUCGCAGAAAAACGACUUAAUGAAGAAAGAGAGAAAAAAGAUGGAAAACCAGUGCAGCCUGUCAAGCGGGAGCUCUUGCGACAUAGGGACUACAAAGUUGACUUGGAGUCCAAGCUGGGAAAGACCAUUGUUAUCACCAAGACCACCCCACAGUCUGAAAUGGGAGGGUAUUACUGCAAUGUCUGUGACUGUGUGGUGAAAGAUUCCAUCAACUUCUUGGAUCACAUCAAUGGCAAGAAACAUCAACGGAAUCUGGGCAUGUCUAUGCGUGUGCAGCGUUCUACCCUGGAUCAGGUGAAGAAACGAUUUGAAAUGAACAAGAAGAAGAUGGAAGAAAAGCAAAAGGACUAUGACUUUGAGGAGAGGAUGAAAGAACUGAGAGAGGAGGAAGAGAAGGCCAAAGCCUACAAGAAGGAGAAACAGAAGGAAAAGAAACGAAGGGCAGAAGAAGACUUAACGUUCGAAGAAGAUGAUGAGAUGGCAGCUGUUAUGGGCUUCUCUGGCUUUGGCUCCACCAAAAAGAGCUACUGAUGUCCUCUGAACUUGUCUUAUUCCCAAGCCUGACUGUGGGAUCACUAAUAUCCAAGGCAUUUGGGGAAAUUCUUCAAAGACCUGACAUAUGGAGAGAAAAAUGGAGUUUGUUUCUCUCCUUCAAGAGUGGGGCCAGGAUCUAGAUAAGUUGGAUUCCAGCCUUCGAGUUUUCAUAUUUGAUGGAGCUGCAGUUCAUCUGUCCUAACUUCCUAAUAAAAAAGAAACCUCCCACUCUUCAGCUGCUCCCCAAACCUCUUCCUGCAUCCAUCCUUCUUUCUUCCCCUCUCCCUCUCUCAUGAUUAUCAUAAAGUUCCCCAAAUUUCUGCUUUUGUUCUCUUGCCUUCUCUGCCCUACCUCACCUUACACCUCCAGUGUUCUGGCUGUUUACUCCUAAUGUUCUGUGGACAUGUGUGUACACAUAUAGUGUUUCUGCCAGGUACUCAUAUGUGUACGUGUGCGUGUGCGUGUGCGUGUGUGUGUGUGUGUGUGUGUGCAUGAAGAAUUCCUGUAGAGGGCUGGAGCCAGAGCAGUAAGGCCAUAGCUUCUCUCAUUCCUGAUAUCUUGGGCUACAGGUACCUCCUGUGGUUCGUUUUAGAGCAUGUAAUGGGGAAUUAAGUGGAUGAGUGUUUGGUGUGGUUUGUUUCUGAUGAGUUGUUUGAUUUUUUUUUAGUCCUGGGCUGUUUUAGCCUUUUAUUUGUAUCUUUCAAAUGGGAAUUAAUAUGUUUUUGUCUUCCAUGUAUUUAGGCUCCAAUAUGAGUCUUAACUGAUACAAAAAGCCUCAGUAUGGGAUUUUGUGUGUGCCCAGGGACAAACUCACAUGGAAUUAAAAAGGGAAAAAGUA